AUGGGCCCGGGCGUGCGCGCCACGGACCGUGGGGCCGCGGCCAGGGGGCUGCUGCUCCGCACGGCCGCAGCCGCAAAGGGGCUUAAGGAAGACCUGAGGGGUGUGGCGGCCCAGCCCUGGAGAGGGCUGUCGGGGAUCCCAAAGCAGGAGGGGCCUCAGGAGGAGGAGGCUGAGGCCGGACAGGAGCUCUUGCUGCCAAAAGAGAGAAGCUUUCAGAAUGCUGCAAAAAGCAAUAAUUUGGAUCUCAUGGAGAAGCUGUUUGAAAAGAAGGUUAACAUUAAUGCUGUGAACAAUAUGAACCGCACAGCCCUGCACUUUGCAGUGGGGAGGAAUCAUUUAUCUGCGGUGGAUUUCCUGCUUAAUCACAAGGCCAGGGUAGAUGUUGCUGAUAAGCACGGCUUGACGGUAAUUCACCUUGCCGCCUGGUCUGGAAGCCUGGAGAUCAUGCUCAUGCUAGUGAAAGCUGGUGUGGACCAGAAAGCUAAGAGUCAGGAUGGAAUGAACGCCCUCCAUUUUGCAGCUCAGAGCAAUAGUGUGCGAAUUGCUGAGUACCUCAUUCAAGAUCUGCACCUGAAGGACCUAAACCAACCUGAUGAGAAAGGAAGAAAGCCAUUUCUUCUGGCAGCUGAGAAGGGCCAUGUUGAAAUGAUCGAAAAACUUAUCUCACUUAAUCUGUACACUUCCGAAAAGGACAAGGAAGGAAACACUGCCCUGCACCUCGCUGCAAAACAUGGUCACAGUCCGGCAGUACAGGUGCUGCUAACUCAGUGGCACGAAAUAAACGAGACCAAUGAGCUCAAUGUCAAUGCUUUGCAGAUAGCAACCCGGAAUGGCCACGGAUCCCUUGUCAAUUUUCUUCUCGGGGAGAACGUUCAUUUGCACCAAAAAGUGGAACCUAAGGAGUCCCCUCUUCAUUUAGCUGUUAUCAACAACCACAUCACAGUUGUACACAGCCUAUUAAGUGCCCAACAUGACACUGACAUCUUAAAUCAGAGGCAGCAAACCCCUUUGCAUGUAGCUGCUGAAAUUGGAAAUGUGGAAAUGGUGGAGACUCUCCUGAAGGCAGGCUGUAACCUGAAGAUCGUUGAUAAGCAAGGAAAGACAGCCCUGGCAGUGGCCUCCAGGAGCAACCACAGCCUAGUUGUGGACAUGAUUAUCAAAGCAGAGAGAUACUAUGCCUGGAGGGAGGAGCAUCAUGAGACCAUCAAGGACUCAUCAACCAGCUCCACUCUGUCAUUCAAACAAGAUCACAGUCUGGAGACCAGACAUAUUCGCGCUUGCCUCUGGAACCUGGCUUACCAUCAGCUAAAGGCCAACGAGUGGCAGAGGCUGGCCCGUUUGUGGAACUUCACAGAUGACCAGAUUCGAGCCAUUGAGGAGCAGUGGUCAGGAAAUGAAAGCUUCUGUGAACAUGGCCACAGGGCUUUGCUCAUCUGGCUGCAUGGGAUCCUGAUGACGCAGGCCAAUCUAGUCAAGCACUUAUAUGAAGAGCUGGGACGUGCAGGUUUCCCAGAACUAGCUGAAAAGAUGCGUCAAUUCAAAAGCGAAACUGACUCAAGAGCCAAGAAAUGUGCAGUUUCAUAAGUGCCUAAAGAGAAAUUGUGUUCCACUGAUUUUCCACUCAGCAUUCAGUUCUUUAAUGUCAUGAAGUUCUGCUAGCAGUAUUGAUU